UAGGCGUGUGGUGUCUGAACGAAAAGGCAAGCAUGUGUCAGCUAGAAUACCUGCAGUCAUAUUCGUACGCAGACCUCGCUAAAGGACUAACAGGCCUCUGUACAGUAAUCACAGAAAAUGCGGUGAUUGGCGCAUGCAGCGCAUUUACAGAUUGCUUGGGAAAAGUUGAGAUGGAAAAACUCGAUUCGCACUACAUGAACCCAAAGUUUCUCUGCAAGUUAUUGGCUAGAACAGCAGCUUGUGCAGCGUGGAGCGCUUCGACUUGUUUGCCUAGCAACGCUACCGCGAAGACGAGCUUUGAGAACAUCAUGCAAGAAUGGUAUAGCAAAUGCCCCAAUAUCGACCUCCCGUACUCGUCCUGUAACCAGACUAUGACGUGUAUGCAGGCUGUCAGCCCUUUCAAGGGUUACUCUGGCACGUCAGUGGUAGAUAUCUGCCCGCAUAUGAAAUCUGUGAUGACAUGUUUGAAGAACGCACUGGGAACGUGCUCCAUCAAACUGGCCUUAAAUUACGGCUUCACAGAAAUGGCGGCAUACUUUGAACAAACUUGUAACAUUCUCAAGAAUCCAGCAAACACGGCAUUGAAGGACUGCAAUACAUUCGAUUCCUGUAUUCGACAGAUUAGUAACCCAGACCAAGCUAAGAUGCCGACAGUAUACCCUGACCCUCGAUACUGGUGUGGAGUGAUUCGAGAUACAGCUACAUGCGCUUUCAAAUCGGCCGAUGGCUGCAACAUGGCGAGAAAUUCAGAACUGAAGAAAGAUUCUGCGGACGUGGUGAACUCUGUGAGCACUAAGUGCCCUAUCGAUGGAUUCCAAAAUAUCACCUUUCAAGUUGCAGCUGCACCAAGUAUGUUCACCAGUGCAUCUGUUAUCACCAUCCUGAUUGCCUUCUUGUCGCCAGUUCUCCUUUGAGACCGAUGGUAAACCACCACUGCAAUAAUCUGGGACCUAUUUUGCAUAACGCUACUUUAAUAAUCUGGGGCCUAUUUUAUAUAAUGCUACUCUAAUAAUCCGGGGCCUAUUUGACUAAAUGCUCGCAACUUUACGAUUUCACGGUACAACGAAAAUAUACUUGCUAUGGUAUUGUCAAGUGGUGGAAGACACGACACCAUCAUCUGUCGUGUCGUUAACUUGUUGUAAUAGCUUAAUAUAAUCGGAUUUUUCAUUAAAAACAAUAAUAGAACAUUCUGUACUGCUUUUAGAAACCAGCCUCUGUGGUGUCGCGGUUAAGCCAUCGAAUAUAAGGCUGGUAAGUACUGGAAUCGCAGCUCAGUACCAGCAGGGGUCUCUCUACAUGUCAUAAGCAAUGGCGAGCCCGCCAUCUCUUAAGACUAAUUUCCAAUACGCCGCCAUCCAUUGGCAGCGAUAGUAAUAUCCGCCAUCCGCCAACUACCAGAGUAAUCAGGUUCAUCGUCGUUUACAAGACAUUUUCGAAGUACUUGUACCCUGCAAAUCUUAGGCACCAUCCCUUCCUAUAAGUGGAACCAAUUCUACUGAUUUCCUCCAUCCCUUUCCUGAAUACUGGAGAGACCACUGACCAGCUCCCACCCAGAGCGAGUUUUAACGACUCAAUGGAUAGGUGUAAGACCACUACACCCUCUUCUCUCUCUUUAACCAAUAACAAACAACGCAUUGUCCUAAUAAAUCGAUGUACUCUACUAGUGGUGUUGUUAAACAGUACAGUCCUUUUUGUAAAUCCCUUUUGCUAUUAUCUGUUAUCAAAAUUUAUAUACUCAACAACGAAAGUUUAGCAAAUAUCUUUUGUGAAGUCUAAAUUUGCCAUGGUUGAAUAAACUUUAAAAAA